AUGGAUUGGAUUCUUAGUUUGAAGGUGGAUCAGAGAGGAUUCGUCUCGGAAGCUGACAGAGAGGAAUUUUUCAGACGACAGUUCAGAAUACCAGAAAAUACAACAUGUUUUGAGUGUGGAUUUUCAAACCCGAAAUGGUUAUCAUUGUCAUUUGCAAUUUAUUUGUGUUUAAACUGCUCCGGAAGGCACAGACAACUAGGCUCACAUAUAUCUUUUGUUAGGUCUGUAGAUAUGGAUAGAUUCAUGAGGGAUCAGCUGAUAAGAUUACAUGUAGGAGGAAACCAGAAAUUCAACGCAUACUUAAGUUCAGAAAAUUUGUUACAAAAACCCACAGAUUAUGAUAACUCUAAGGUUUUGUCAUACUCAUACACUCUAGAUGACGAAGUCGCUAAAGCUCGAGGUGAAAAAGUACCAGAAGACGAAUCUCCAACAAAAGAAGAUGAAUCGCCAAAUUUAGAUCCUGAACAAAUGCAAAAUCUUCUUCAAUCGGAUCAAUACUCAUUUGCUGAUUUGGAAAAGCUAAUUAAUGAGCUAAGUCUUCAGAGCUCACUUAAAGAUGACGCUGAGAAGUUUGCCGACCUAAAGAAUCUUGAUUUCAGUGAUCUGGGUAAUUUAGAAAUACCUUCGUUUGACCCUAGUGUUUCUAGCUCAGCUAAAGCGCCUGAACAAGGAAAUACAAGUGAUAACUUUGACUUUAGCAAGUUCGAUCCAUCAAAUUUUGAUCCGGCUAAUUUCAAUUUUGAAAAUUUCUCAGAAUUUGCAUCUAAUGUUCAAAUUCCAAACACCUUAGAUACUAAUGACGCUUUCUUGAACAUGGACUUCCCAAACGAAGUGCCAUCCACAAGCUCUUUUAACCAAGUUCCAAACAGUAAUUUAGGAACUAAUAAGAGUUCUGGCUCCAGGAGAAAAAGGUCCGCAAAUAACAAGUUCUCAUCGAAGGCUGAUGAUUUCGAUUUCGAAACCUUCGAAAAGGAAAAUAACCUUGAAUCUGCAUUUCCCGGUCCCUCACUUCAUGGAGAUGGAGAUGUAGUUGGAGAUGAUCCUUUAGCCUCUUUUGUUUCUCCUCAAUCAGCUUCUCCCAACCAAUCAAGUUCAUUUCCUUUCUCAAAGUCACCUCCUCUUUCAUCUACUAUGCCUUCAACUAUACCAUUUCCAGGUGGUACUCAGAAUCCAUUACAAUCCACUCCUCUGACAGUAGGUGGCACCAGUCCUUUGGAUGGCAGUGUUCCUAACGCCUUUUUAAACAAUGAAUUUUUACAAGCUGUCAACUCACAAAGUCCCCCUGAUUUAUCAAAGUUUGAAGGGAAAUCUUCAAUUUCAUCAGACGCCUUCUUCGGCGCCAAUAAUCCUCAGGGUUUCUCUCCCACCCAGUUCAAUCCCGAAACUAUGGCUUUUAGCUCAGACGAAUAUUUCGGCAAACCCAGACCUCCAAACCUUCAUUAUGUUCCAACCAUAGAGGAACAAGCUCUUCAGAAUUUGAAUGAGCUUAGAGAAAAUUUAGUGAACGCCAUCAGUAAGGGCGGAGCACUAUUGGAGAAGGCAAAGCAGUGGCUCAACACCAACCAGUUUUAG